CCUCGGUUCUCCUUCGAAACGGUUGUCUUCCAUUACAUCUCUAGUGUUAGGGCGCGGAAAAACUUCGUGGAAUUUGUACCCACCCACAGUAUCGAGAGGCACCUUUAAAGAUUGCAACACAUUCCGUUUUGGGUGCAGUCAAGCAGUUAGUUUGUGCGGUGCAGUGUUACGAAAAAGAACCCAUAACUUGUUAAAUUUAUUCAUGACGACCAUCAAACGACCUAUAAGAAAUGUGAAGUUUAAUUUUCGCAACAAUUAGUGCGCCUCAAAUUGGCAGUGGCAGUAUUUCGAUAAUUCGAAUUUGAACACCCAAAACAGGUUCCUCUUCUCGGACCCAAAGUCAAGUGAAGUCGAAAGUGAAGAAAAAUGACCACUCCGAUGCAAUGUGCGAGAUUAUGUGCCGUAGUUUGAAAAGAGAGUGAAAAUAAGGUGGAAAAUCAGCCGACCGUGUCCGUUUUUUUUUUGUGUUUGACGAAGAUUUGAUUAUUGCUGCCAAUGUGUGAUUGUAUGGGACAGCAAGCAGUUGUUACAUACCCAAAAACAUCCCAAAACGCUCAGUGGUCAGUGAAAUCGUACCAAUCACAUUGUCGUUUAGGAGGAAAUUUCGGCGUGUGAAGCUUCCAAUCGGAACUAAUUAACGGAUGGUGGUACCAGCCAAUCCGGCACUAAUCGGGAAUAAUCGUUUUCUCGGCGAACUAGGCGGUACCGAACAUAGGUGUGGUCAUAAGCGUGAGGUGACUGACCAAGAUGGUACAAGAAGACAGCUGAAAAAUUUGGCGAUUAAUCGAGCGAUAGAUCGAAGUGAAAGUGAUUUCCUAUGAAACUGUACUGCUUACAGAGAAUGGACCCAUAAACUCACCAAUAAACGUACGAAAAUGAAUUACCCUUCCCAAUUAAACGGAUACAACCGUGCUCGCUUUGUUUCGAACGUAUAAUGAGAUAUGAAAACAUUGAAAGUGAAAGCAUCGAACCGACAGAAAAUGAACAUAGAUUUAUCAAACGAUAAUUUCGGAUGAUACUUCUAUGACACUUCACCCAAAAUGGACAAAAUCACCACAUUGUUACCGAAAUGCGGCAGACGAUCGAACGUGAAGCCGUUGACCGCGCAGAUGCUGUUGAUAACGAUCGCCCUACUCGCUGCCAUCGUCGGAUGUUGGCCUGGAGUUUCGGGCCAACGGGACACAAUCUGUCCCCCACAGGACAUCAUCCUACCCUGCCGAUGUUCUCAGAGGGGUAGCGAAAUCCAAAUAUGGUGUUCGCACAGCGAUCUACCACGAGUGCUGACCGGCUUGAAAGCCGUUUCCAAAUCGAUCAACCGACCGAUCGAUGAGCUGAUACUGGAGAACAACUUUCUUCCCUCGUUGCCUGGACGAACCUUUGCACCAUUGAACAUCCUCCGGCUGAUGUUGCGACACAACGGUCUCGAACGAGUCUCCAACGGGUGGCUCAACGAGCUGGACAAGAGCUUGGUCGAGGUUUUCAUCGUCGAACGUAAUCUACGCAGUCUUCCGAUGGACAGCUUAGCUGGAUUGCGGAAAUUGGAAGCUGUGACGAUUCAGAGUGAUAGUUUGAAGCGCCUGCCGGACUUCUCCGGUCUACCGAAGCUGCGGUACAUUUCGGUUCAGAGUUCAUCGUUGAUAGAGAUUUCACCGCAGAGUUUUAGGGAUCUGAAAAAUUUAGAAACGGUCAGCAUUGCCGGGAGUCGCACUUUGACUCGAUUGGAAGGAGGACUCUUAAAUGACCUUCCGAAGCUAAAUUUGAUUAAUUUGUCGGAGAACGGGAUCGAUUGGGUCCACUUACGGGCAUUCGUAGGAUUGCCUAGUCUGAAAACAUUGCAGCUUAGUGGCAAUAAGAUCGCCGAUGCUGGAAUGAUCGGACGGGCAGUAAAGGAUAUUCCCAAUUUGACGAUACUGAAGUUGGAUAGAAACGUGAUCCCGAAGUUGAACGAAGCCAGCUUCGUUGAUCUCCCAGCGUUGAAAGAGCUGUACCUAAAUGACAAUACCAUAACGGAGAUAUUCCACGGAGCCUUCCACAGAACGCCCAGCCUGAAGCUGGUUCACUUAGAGAACAACUAUUUGCGACGAGUUCACCCGGAAUCAUUCCUACAGGCUUCGGGAAGUGGAGUUGAAGUCAUUCAUCUUCAACAGAACGAAAUCGCUCGCGUUGAAGAGCUUCGUUCCCUGCUGGAUGCGCUUCCAAUGCUUCGAUUCCUAGAUUUGAGCUACAACAAACUAGAAUCGAUACCGUUUGGAGCGUUACGUGGCCAUGGAACGCUUGAGCAACUUUAUUUGAACAACAACAAGAUUCGGAUGAUCGAACGAGAUGCCUUUAUGGCUAUGCCGGGCCUUCGCGAGCUUCGUCUGAGCAACAACUCACUUUCGGAUGUUCUGCCUAUGCCUUUCUGGAAUCUGCCAGGUUUAAAAGGCAUUGACAUCUCGUACAACAACUUUCACCGAGUGGAACCGACUCUUUUAAUUGGAGUUCCAUCUCUGCGAAGGUUCGACAUCAGUGGAAACUCCUUGAGUGUGCUCGAUCCGGCUACUUUCGUUAAUACCCCUAUGCUCGAAACCGUAAACAUUUCGUUCAAUGAACUGAGUCUGAUCCAUCCGGCGACUUUCCGAGAUUUGAACCAUCUCUUCGAAGUAGACGCAGGUAACAAUAAACUACAGGAGUUCAUUCCGGGAUUGCCACUCGCCGUAGAAAGAAUCAAUCUACAACAAAACCAAAUCGCAACGCUUCCUCAACCCCCUUCCAAUACUCUGGAUCUUCCAGCUCUUCGAAUGCUGGACAUAAGCGCAAACCAUUUGACACGAAUUGCCAAAGGUACUUUCCAAGCGACGCCGCAGAUGCGAGUCUUGGGGUUGGCGCGGAAUCAGCUUCAAAGUGUUGACGAAGGAAGCCUCGCAGGAAUGAAUCGUCUUGAGGUGCUUAACUUGCAAGAUAAUCGAUUGCUGGCUCUUCACGAGCGAUCGUUGAGUUCGUUAGAGAAUCUCCGAGAGCUCAACUUGCAAGGAAAUCGGAUAGAAGUUCUUGUAGAUCAUCUUUUGGAUAACAAUGCAAAUUUAGAGCGUUUCGAUGCAUCACGCAAUAGCAUCGUAGAUAUUUCACAGAAGGCAUUCCGAAACAGUCGGUCGUUGCAGGUGCUGGAUUUAUCUGCCAACAAGCUGCGGGAGUUACCAGAAUCACUUUCCGGGUUGAGUGAACUUCGCGAGAUCGAUGUCAGUUUCAACGAGUUGACAGAUCUGACACCGAACGUUCUCGGAUCGUGGCGAAACCUGGAAGAACUGAAGGCGUCGAACAAUCGGGUGAACCAAUUGCACCAGGGUUCGCUCAGAAAUCUACCAAUGUUGCAGUACAUGGACCUGUCGAGUAACGAGCUGUCGAAUCUCGAGCAUGGCUCCCUGAGGAACCUUCCCGAGCUACAGGAGCUCGUCUUGGCCGACAAUAAGCUGACCGAGUUGAAGGAUCGGGUGUUCGAGGAUCUGCCGAAUUUACAGGCUGUCCAUCUUCAGCAGAACAACCUACACUACCUGGCACCGCAAACCUUCUAUCGAUCACCAUCCAUCGUCUACCUGAACCUAUCGGCGAAUCAGUUUCGCAGUUUAGACAGCGUAGGACUACGAAGCGUUCGCAACCUAGAAGUACUGGACCUGUCCAGUAAUUUUAUCCGAAAAAUCACGCCGAAUCCGCUGCGAGGCCUGGACUGGCUGGUCGAACUUAAGCUGGACAACAACAAAAUCUGCGGCAUCCAGGGUGAACCGUUCAGCUCGAUGCCCAGACUGCGGGUGCUGAGCAUUCGCAACAAUCAUAUGGUGCGCGUUCCCGAAUCGAUCUUCCGAAAUUUGCGUUCGAACAUUGCCAUCCUAGACGUUGAUGGUAAUCCACUGGAAUGUAACUGCGAGAUGCUUUGGUACCGCGGAUGGCUUCAGGAAACGGGAACUCUCUUCCCGGGACCCCGAUGUAACAACGGAAAGAUGCUGAUCGAUAUGCGACUGUCCAGGAACGAAUGCCAAACGGAUGCACGAACCGGCGUCGGCCCUGAUGAACGGCUACCGCUGACCAACGAUCAUGGGGAUGUCUUCACACGGGCAUUGGACUUCGACGAUUGUGGAUCGGAGAAUUACGAGGCUUUACCCCCUGGACCAGCACCCGGAAUAGGUCCCGGAAGUAUAGCCAUCCCCCCGUCCCCGGUGGAAAGUGAGUACUUCUUGGAUCACUACAUUGACUAUCCCAACGCAUUAAACGAUAGUAGCCUGGUGGGACACAUUAAUGGAUCUACAAUUUCAGGAGACCCGCAAGUUCCGCACAACUUUAGCCAAACGUUCGUCGAUUUCAACAAUAACAAAUUCAACAAUUUGUACAAUCAGCCACCCCCUCCGGUACAGAAUAACUCGCCGUUUACAUUCUUUGGCGUUCCGAUCCCCAGUUUGAACAUUGGGAAGAUGUUUGGAGGCGCUGGGCGAAGUUCCAACAAUCGAGCUGCGGCUGGUACCAGGGGCAAAGGAAGAGUCCAAGUCUAUCGUCCAAACGACCCGAACUUGCCACCGAUUUUCAAAAAUGGCGAUCGAAUAGACUCAUCCAUCCAGGUCAAAAAUCCUGACGAUACCCAGGAGAAGAAUUUGGGUGCUUCCAACGACAACAACUUAUUCUACCGGCCGUACUUUCAAACGGCUUUCCAGAAACCGGAGAUUCAAAAAGGAGGCUUCACUCCGGUGAUACCUGGCAGUGAGGGAGGGUUCAAGCCAAUAACAGAUCCCUCCAUAAAGAUCAUCAAACAAAACAUUUCGGGUCCUGGAAAAUGGCCCGAAGAGUUCAGCGACCGUGUUCCGUUAGUUUCGGAUACGACGCGUUACUUGCAACAGAACAAGUUUGAAGCAACCAUCAAACCCUCCCAUCACGCUCCGUAUUUCGUAGACGGAAUAACCCACGUGAGCCCAGGCCAAAAAGUUCCACCUCAAGCAUCACCCAAAGAUCCAGAAAAUACCAAAGAAAGCACGAAUCGUUCGGAAAUGACGGAACAGCCGAUCUCUUCGAACAACGUCCCAAAGAACUCCGAAAUGGAAGAAGAUGAGGACGAUGAAGACGACGAGGAAGAUGACACGGAAGAAGAGGAAAUCGAACAGGAACCAUCUCCACCCUUCAGAGGCAUGUCCAAGUACGAAGAAUCCGACCUGACGACGCGUCUCUCGAUCGAACUGGGAACCGCCACAACUGUUGGACCGUUGACUUUCAACAAGCCUUAUACCCUACAUAAAACCGAACCCACUAUGACUCGGGAACUAACCCGUGCGCCGACCAGUGAAUUCUACGACGGAGUUAACCACUCUCCCAGUUCCCUGUCCGCAUUGGUUUCACCAGGUUCGCAACAGAACACGGUUCCCACUGGUACCGGAACCGGAACAGGAACAACAGCAGGAAAACGACCACCCGGGAAGUCAACAAUCGAAAAGGUUGCCGCGCCGCUAUCUUCCACAGUUACCCCGUACGUAGGAAGCUCCCCACGUAUUGACGGAUAUUCUCCUGGAACGCACAACAUCCUGUCCAAAUACGACAACGGCGGUGACUUUGUAACGCAGAGUAUUGCCGAUCUGGCGCAACAUCAUUACCAUCCGGACGAAGGAAACGAAAUACGGAAACGGGAGGACAUGGACUGGUACUAUGCCACCUAUAAUCGAACUCCGAUCUACGACGACUUCGACGGCCCGGGAUUGAAUCCGUACAAGAGUGGCGGUGACAGAAAUGGAAGUUUGACCUGGAUUAUUCUGACUGGUGUAAGUGGUCUCCUGUUGAGGUUCUUAAUAUAGUUUUACAAACUUUAGUUUCUAGGCUAGUUUGUAGAUUUCAGAGCGCAGACGGAAAGAUGUUACAAUCAAAGAAGUGAUAUAAUUUUAGAAAAACCCUUCAUUUGUAAAAAGAUUUCAUACUACUCGAACCUAACUGUAACUAAAGCAUAGUGAAUAAAGAUAAACGAUACUCACUAA